UUCGUUUCCUGCAAAAAUCAUACUCUCUCUCUCUCUCUCCUGAAACUUCCAUCUUCUUCUAACCCAAUCAUAGCUAGGGUUUCAUUACCUAUUGAAUCUGAGCUUCUAAUUUUAUAUGCAUCAAUGGAGUACCAAACCCAACCUUCCAAUCACGACGACUCUUCAGGCAAUCCAAUGGCGGAUGACGAUUCAUGCGAACCAAAUCCAACAGUCCUUGAUCUCACCAGCUAUCAACUCCAUGAUUUGGACUCAGUCGACUUUCCGCUGAGUCUAACCGAGUUAGACUUUACGGCGAAUCGAUUAUCGAAAUUAGAUCCCCGGAUUGGCCACCUCUCCAACCUCAAGAAGCUCUCUCUCCGCCAAAACCUCUUUGAUGAUGCAGGCUUGGAGCCGAUUUCCAAGUGGGAAGCCAUUUCGGGUCUUGAGGAGUUAGUACUCAGAGAUAAUCAGUUGAAGAAAAUUCCUGUUGUUAGCAUUUUCAAAAGACUUUUGGUAUUUGAUGUUUCUUACAAUGAAAUUUUAUCAAUGAAUGGAUUAUCCAAGGUUGCCAACACACUAAAAGAACUCUAUGUGUCUAAAAAUGAAGUUACUAAGAUGGAGGAGAUUGAUCAUUUUCAUGAACUGCAAAUUCUUGAACUUGGCUCCAACAGAUUACGGGUAAUGGAGAAUUUGCAGAAUUUGACAUUCUUACAAGAGCUAUGGCUUGGCCAGAAUCGCAUUCGAUCUGUUAACCUAUGUGGAUUGAAAUUCAUCAAGAAAAUUAGCCUACAGAGCAAUCGUUUAACCACCAUGACGGGAUUUGAGGAAUGUGUGGCUCUAGAAGAACUAUACUUGAGCCAUAACGGUAUUGUGACAAUGAAAGGCCUAUCAACCCUGGUGAACCUUCAUGUCUUGGAUGUGGCAUCCAAUAAGCUCACCGCAAUAAAUGAUAUUGAAAACCUGACCCAAUUAGAAGAUCUAUGGCUUAAUGACAACCAAAUUACAUCACUAGAAGGUAUAGCAGAGGCAGUUGCUGGUUCCAAAGCGAAACUGACCACCAUCUACCUUGAGCACAAUCCAUGUGCAAAUUCUCCGAAUUAUGCCACCACUUUGAGACAAAUCUUCCCAAAUAUUCAGCAAGUUGAUUCCCAAGUAUUUGGCUAGAAAGUUGUCUCUGGGUUUUACUCUUUUUAAACGAAAAGACAGCUGAUUUUUCUUCAUUUUUGGGUGAGUAGAUGCUGGGUUUAUUCCUGUUUAUUUAACUGGAUCUAAAGAAUCCAUACUAAUCAAGUAUCUCAAUGGAUACAUUCCAAUGCAAGAGGGUCUGAAUUACUGCUAAUUGGAGGUACGGAAAGGAUUUAUGAUCAAGUUACACUUAUAGCAGUGUUCAUUCUGUUCAUAAUAUGGAGCUAUCUGUGAAUUAGAAGUAGA